AUGGCGGGCAGGGCCACUGGCUCCCUGGAGAGCCGAGCACCCUGCGGCCACGGGAGAAGCAGCCCCCCUCGCGACCCCGAGCAUUCCGGCCGCAGUGCACGGAGGGCCCGGCGGCGUAGACAGACCCGGGACUCAGGGCAGCGACUCGGGGUGUCUGUUUCCUCGGCGGUCAAAAGGGCUGCGGAGGCCCCAGCCCGGGUGCUCGAGGAGCCACAGCGCGGCACCCAGAGCUGCGGUGUUCCUCCAGCCACCGAGCCAGAGUCGCAGGGAGGAUACCUCCGAGGAGCCCAGAGGGCCCCAAACCCUGCUGGGAAGGAUCCUCCCUGCGGCUGGGCUCUCGGGGAGCACCUACGCUGUGCCCGAGGCGGUGGGGCUCAAGUGCCGAUCGCCUGCGGGGCAGCCACACCCGGAUCCCGCGAGUGCGGCCCCGACCGAGGAGGCGGGAAGAGAGAAAUUCCCGUGCGCGCGGACUGCACCGCGCCUGAAGCCGGGGCCACCACCUGCCACGGCGCGCCGCCCGGGACAGCACGCUGCGACUUCGCGGCCGGGAAACGACUGACCGGGAGGCCCGGGCGGUUCCCGCGCCCUGACCCGGCACUGUACAGUCCCGCGGGCAGGGAGGGGACCGGGAACCGCCCCUCCGGCAGCGCGCGCAACUCGGCAGCCUCGCGUGUGGCCCCGGGACAGGCCUCGCCACGGCGCCAGCCAUUGCCCGUGGGCGCGGCGGGCGGCGGCCUCCUGGGCGGCCUGCCCCGUCUCAGUGGGCUCGCCUCGUCGGCCGGCGUCUACUUCGGGCCCGCGGCCGCCGUGGCGCGCGGCUACCCCAAGCCUCUGGCCGAGUUGCCCGGGCGCCCGCCAAUCUUCUGGCCUGGCGUGGUGCAGGGCUCGCCCUGGAGGGACCCGCGCCUGGCCGGCCCGGCCCAGGCCAGCGGGGUCCUGGACAAGGACGGCAAGAGGAAGCACUCGCGGCCGACCUUCUCGGGCCAGCAGAUCUUCGCGCUGGAGAAGACUUUCGAGCAGACCAAGUACCUGGCGGGGCCGGAGCGCGCGCGCCUCGCCUACUCCCUGGGUAUGACCGAGAGCCAAGUCAAGGUGUGGUUCCAGAACCGGCGGACAAAGUGGCGCAAGCGGCACGCCGCGGAGAUGGCGUCGGCUAAGAAGAAGCAGGACUCGGACGCCGAGAAGCUGAAGGUGGGCGGCUCGGACGCGGAGGACGACGACGAGUACAACCGGCCCCUGGACCCCAACUCGGACGAUGAGAAGAUCGCGCGGCUGCUCAAGAAGCACAAACCCUCGAACUUGGCGCUGGUCAGCCCGUGCGGCGGCGGCGCGGGGGACGCCUCGUGA